CCCUCCUUCUCAUUCCCCUCCUCACCUACCUAUGAACGCGAACCUAAUUCAUUACGGAUGAGCCGGAAUCCGCUUAAAAGCAGCGUUGGGUUGCGCUAGUAACUACGGCCCGAGGGUAUCGCUACUCCACUUCUACCCCACCAAAGAUAAGUACUGGAGGACAAUAAUUCUAAUGCUUAGUCCCUCCUGCGGCCUCUGCUUAGGAUGAGUUCAACUCUACCUGGUAUAAUAGAUAUGUUUUCCAUUCUCUAUUUCGCCCUCUUUGCUCUUACUUUACACUUCAACAUCUCGAAUGAUGACAAUUCCAUACUCUAUAUGACGUCCGCUCGUUCCUUAGUCCCAAACACCACCCUUUCAUACGGUACUCGGCUUUGUGAAGCUCUGCAAGGAGAAGCAAAUCCUACCUGUCAUGGAACACCUCCUCAAUGACGCGGAGCUACAGAAGUACGAGGCCAGGAUAGUGCCCAUUCCUUGGCUCAGCUUUGACCACGACCGAAGCCGAAUGUACCCUUCAGCAUCGUCGCUCGAAAGCUAUGCAAGCUUUCGAGGAUGGGAAAAUGAACAGCUUAGGAGUCUGAAAGCCGAUCCUUGCACCCACAAAAUGAACGGCUUAGCAAUGCUCCAGAGCAUGAUCGUCUUUGGAACGUGGGAAGCUCUGACCGGAAAAGUCGUGCCAUCUAGGGAUAUGAUCUUCGACUCCCCAAAUGGCCCAGUGCUGCGGUCAACGAAAUUGCGCUCGCUACUUUUAAGGUUGACCAAGAGCAUAAUUCAAGCUAAACACGUUGGCAAUUUCACCGACCUUCGAUCGAGAGCGAGACGUGUAGAACAUGUCUGCAAUAGCAUUGCCGCGUGGCAAAACGCCUUCAGAGCAGAUCAUUCUUCAGAAUUUCAAAUGAUAUUUCCCAUCCUUAUACGACAGACAGCACUGAUCUUCGACGCUCUGACCAUGCUGUUGUCUCAUUUUCCACGCGAGUGUCGGGAACAUGUCCAGUACUUCCACCAUCUGAAUGAAAACUCCGAAUUUUACAAUCAUCGAUUCAAGGAAUACGGAUUGUGUCCCUCCCACUACGCAUACCUCGAUUUCGUAGGACAAAGUGCUCUGGAAGUAUUCUGCGUUACCAGCCCACAUCAAGAUCCAUCGGGUGUUUUGCAUCGUCAUUGCAGCUCUCAAGGCUGUCAGAGAGCUGCCAGCUCUAGAACUCCAAGACUGAAACCACGCCAUGUUGCGGACGGUUGUACGUGUGUAUCAGUCAGCAUCCCAACGGCAAGGAUUGGAGAGGUUUUGGCUUCUGGGAACUACUUUGUUCUGGACAUGGCACGUCUCCUCGACGAGGCAUCGACAAAUGACAAGGCGCUCGUCCCCUAUGAGAACAAGCUCUCAUAUGUCGCUUUCUCCCAUGUUUGGUCCCAUGGCCUUGGCAGUACCGCUGACGAUGGUCUCCCUCUCUGUCAAUUGCUACGCCUUAGUCAACUUCUGCAGGAUGAAUCAAAUCCCGGGCGGAAGAAACUUUUCUGGAUCGACUCAUUGUGUAUUCCGAAGGACUAUGACCAAAAGAUGAUGACUAUAGGCAUAAUGGACCAAAUAUACCGAAAUGCAGUCGCGGUGAUGGCACUAGACUCGACGCUUCAAGAAUUACGCUUCGAUCAAGUGCUCUCCUAUGAAACUUUAGCCUUGGAAAUACUGCUAUCGGAUUGGAAUCAACGUCUGUGGACAUUUCAAGAAGCGAGACUGGCAAAGAGCUUAGUCGUCGCACUGAAGGAUGGGAUAAUAUUCCUUGAGCACCUCUGUGAUGCUCUGCUUGGAAAAUAUGAGCAGGGCAGUUCUUCUCCUCUCACAAUGAAGUGCUGGGCGCAGUUGCAAUGCUUAAUUUCGCAAACCGACGGCCUUUUCGGAUGGCUAGAUCUACUCCAAUUCCGCUCCUGUGGCGUACCCAGUGACGAAGCCCUAGUUAUCGCUACACUCACGGGAAACGACACAGCUACCCUCACCCACUUUACGGAAGAUUUCCGAAUGGCUAAGUUAUGGGCCAUGCUUCGCCGUGUUCCUUCCGGAAUUCUAUUCCACAACAGUUCUAAGCUGGCCGUUGAGAACUACAGAUGGGCCCCACGGUCAUUAUUAUGUGGCUCCGCCGAGACAGGUAUUCGUGGCCAAACUGUUUUCGAUGCUGAAGUCACUCCCCAGGGACUUCGCGCAGAGUAUUUCCUUGUUGUCUUUGAGGAGCAGAAGCUUAUCGACGGCUCAAUGUCCAGUAUUGACCUUAGAUUGCAAGAUUUGAGGAUACGAUGUUACCAUCAAGAUAACAACAGGGUUCAACCAAAAACAACGUUGGAUCAGGAUCUUCGUCUUUGGUUUGAUGCGGUGGCAUUAAUUAGAGAUCCUGUAGAUCACAUGAAAAUGAUUGGAAAUACAGCAAUCAGUGCUGUUGCACUGCUCGAAGAUGGUUGUGGAAAUGGUGAUCUCCGGCGUUAUCGAUAUCAGUGCCAAUUCCGGGGACGUAUAAGUCGGCACGCGUUUGGAUCCUUAGAGUCCAAAGUAGGGAAGUUUGAAACAAUCAUUAUAUCGUAGUCUUUAUUAUUAAUUUUGGGAGUAUUAGCAUAAAUCGUACUUAUCUAGAUAUAAUUCUAUAUCUAUUCUACUUACGUGCUGUGGAGGUCUAUAGGAAUAACUGCCAUCCCCUACAAAGCUAAACUAAGCUAUUCUCCCAGCGUACCCUAGGU